CUCCAUUAACAAAGCUUCAAAUAGAAGGUUGAAGAAAACAAAAUUUGAAUUUAAUCUAUUGUAAUGAAGAAAUUCACUCUAUGGUGAUUAACAAUAUGAAAGAAUUCAAUUAAAAGGAUGAUGAACGAAUUCAAUAGAAAUAAAAAUAAAAAGAGAGAAAAAUAGAGGGGAGAGAAAAUAGAGGAGAGAGAAAAUAAAAGAGAGAAAAAUCAGAAAUUAAGAAAGUAGAGGAGGAAAGAGAAUAAAGAUAAUAUUUUAAUUGGUGGUUCACAUAGAACUAUAUACACCAUGGUGCAUCUUAUAAUUUGCCUAAUUUGAGGCAAGAAGCCUUUGACUAACUUUGGGCCAAGAAAACAUGAUACCCAGCACCACGAUCCAUUUUUUUCAAAUAUCCAACACAAUUUAUUAUAUUUUGUUUUAAAUGUUUUAAGAAAGAAAAACAGAAUAAGAAGAAGACGAAGACGAUAAAUUUGGUUGAUCUUACAGGCUGAAGUCAAAUGGCAAGUCAACCCACUGAAACCCCACAAUCAAUCUACAAUUUCACUAUCAAGGAUGCAAAAGGAAAUGAUGUCAAAUUAAGCGAUUAUAAGGGCAAAGUUUUGCUGAUUGUUAAUGUUGCUUCUAAAUGUGGAAUGACCAAUUCAAAUUACACUGAGCUAAAUCAAUUAUAUGACAAGUACAAAGAUCAAGGCCUUGAGAUAUUGGCCUUCCCAUGUAAUCAAUUCGGAGAUGAGGAGCCGGGAAGCAAUGAUGAGAUUAUCGAAUUCGUUUGCACUCGAUUUAAGUCGGAUUUUCCUAUCUUUGACAAGAUUGAAGUCAAUGGAGAUAAUGCUUCCCCCUUGUACCAAUUCUUGAAGUUGGGCAAAUGGGGAAUCUUCGGAGAUGAUAUCCAAUGGAAUUUUGCCAAGUUCCUUGUUGACAAGGAUGGCCAGGUCGUUGGCAGAUAUUAUCCCACAACUUCACCUUUCAGCCUAGAGUACGAUAUAAAAAGGCUGUUGGAAAUUUCCUAAAUUGCUGCCUUGCUUAUCAAAUACUACGUAUGUGCAUUGCACAUUCUUCCAACUAAGGACAUUAUUUCAUGUAGUUGAGACAUUAUAUGUUUGUACAAACCACAAGGCAUGGCAAUGUGGUUGAGGAAGCUGAAAUUCAGUCUUUUAUGAGAAGAUGUUAUAUCGUGUGUACCAGUCUUUUACUCUCAUCUCUAAAUCUGUAUUUGCACCUGUAAUUUUCUGUUGAAAACUGCAGACUUUAUUAAACAAUGAAUGUAACUGUUUUCAGUUAUUUUCUCUUGUAAUUUAUUGCUAAAGAAAUUGUUGCAAAAAUUUGGAUAUA